AUGAAAACAGUCCAUUUAUAGUAAUGAUUAUUGUAUUUAAAACACAAGGUAUUUACUAAUUUUGUUUUUAUUUAUUUAUUUCAACAUUGAUUUAGAUGUUUUAUCUAUUGAUUCUUUUUUAUUUUGCUCGAAAAUUCCUAUUUUGUUUUUGUAAAAAAAAAAAAAAAAAAAUUACGUUCAUUUGUAAAAUGAAUUACAUUGAUUUGGUGAAUAAAUUAAUUCAUUUACUCGUCAAUCUCACUCAGAAUAAUAAAGCAGUAAUUUCAGCUUGUAGGCGUGAAGAGCAUCUUAUCUCUCAAAAUGAGGUCAUGAACGUCCGUGACCAGGUGCUGCCUGGUCCACUGAUGGCAGCCAGGUGUUGCAGGUAAACGUGAUGACGCGCGGUGACGCGGGGACAUGAGCAGCAUGUCGGACUCUUGAGUGCACGCGCGGAACGACACGGUGUGAGGUUCUUACCUGAAGCUUCGGUCGUGAGAUGAUGCCUUGGAUUUAGCUGGGUGAUAUGAAUAACACACUGGAUGAAAUACACACUUCCAGAAGCCUUGGAGCCAAAGGAGAGAUUUUCCAGAGUGGAAAGAGUAAUGGGAACACCUUCUCCAGCCAGACUCUCAUACCAUUGCAACCUGCUCUACUGACGUCCAAGGCCAAGUCCAGACUCUCCUUCUGCCGAGGCAACAGGAGUAAUAAAAAGGCAGAAGAAUCAUCUGUAUCAGAUGCUUUUCCGGAAGUGAUACCUUCUCAUCCCAUCUCCAAAUGUUUGUUACCAUGGACCAAAAGCUGCACAACUCAGGUAAUAAAAAUUUAUAAUGAAGAUAAUGUCAGCAGAGCAGUAGAGGUCCCCAGUGACAUAACCGCCCGGGACGUCUGCCAGCUGUUUGUCUUGAAAAACCACUGCACUGACGAUAACAGCCUAACGCUUUUUGAAAACCUCCCUCAUUUGGGCAUAGAAAGAAUAAUUGAAGACCAUGAGUCCGUGAUUGAGGUCAUAUCUAGUUGGGGGAUGGACUCUGACAGUCGACUGUAUUUUAGGAAGAAUUAUGCCAAAUACGAGUUCUUCAGGAAACCAUUGUUUUUCCCUGAUGACAUGGUCUCCAUAUCCAGCGAGUCCAACAGCACAGUGGAUCACUCUCAGCUCAUCCAGACGUUUCUCAACUCCAGCAGCUGCCCCGAGCUUCACGGACACCUUCAGGCCAAAGAGCAGAGCCGGAAGUCUUGGAAGAAGGCCUACUGCCUCUUACGGAGGUCUGGACUUUAUAUCUCCACCAAAGGCACAUCGAAGGAACCGAGGCAUCUCCAGUUCAUAGCGGACUUCAGCGACUGUGACAUCUACACCAUCUCAUCCAAAAAAGUGCAUGGAGCCCCGACAGAUUUUGGCUUCUGCGUUAAGUCCACAGAGAGCAGCUCAGCCCGGGACCUGAAGCUGUUCUGUGCCGACGAUGAGCAGACCCGGACCUGCUGGAUCACGGCCAUGCGCUUGUUAAAGUAUGGGAUGAAACUGUACCAGAACUACAUCCAGCCACACCAGAAACAUAAAGCGUCGCCCAUGAGAAGUAUUUCGGAGAACUCUCUAGUGGCCAUGGACUUCUCAGGAAAGAAGGGCAGAGUGAUAGAAAACCCCUCAGAGGCUUUGUCUGUGGCUGUGGAAGAAGGUCUGGCUUGGAGGAGGAAAAGCUGCCGAAGUCUGGGCGGACACGGGAGCCCGUCCACAUCUCGGACCUCGCUAUCCAACAUCGCCCUGCACCUGGCUCAGCCCUGGUUCUACGGUAAACUGUCGAGGGACGAGUCACAGCGGAUGAUCACUCAGCAGGGCCUGGUUGACGGAUUAUUUCUGGUCCGAGACAGCCAGAGUAACCCCAAAACAUUCGUGCUCUCCAUGUGCCACAUGCAGAAAAUCAAACAUGUCCAAAUUGUACCUGUGGAGGACGAGGGCCAGACUUUCUACAGUCUGGACGAUGGUCACACGCGAUUCACCGACCUGAUCCAGUUGGUGGAUUUUUACCAGCUGAACCGCGGCAUUCUGCCCUGCAAACUCAAACACCACUGCUCCAAAGUCACUGUCUGAAACCUGGCCUUGAAGAGUCUGGAUCCUCUGGUGCCUUCAGGAAAAGUGACCCAGGCAGAAUGAUUGUUGCCAACCUUCUCUUUGCAAAAAUCCUUUUCUUGUGGGCCUUGAACAAGACUUGCUCGUGAUGAGAAGCUAUUCGUCCAAACGUUUUUUUUUUUUCCUUUUUUAAAUACACCAUCUGCGUGACUUUGAGCCGAACGUCCUCACUGACCUGCACUGUUCUGGAUUUUAAACGUGUGCGAUUAAAUGAAAUGUUUGUCAAAUUGUGCUGAAGGAAAUCUUAUCUACAAGAGCUGAUUUUAAACGCCUCACGUUGUCGAAUUUUGUUUUAUAUUUUACUGAAAUUCAGGUUGCUACCCUUGUCUCCUGUCGUUUCCUUUUUUUGUCCUUUUACACCAUAGGUGUGGAUUUAAGCUACCAACCGCUGUUGUCGGAACGAUGCACAAGCUUUUUAAAAAAAAAUGUGUUUUUAAAUGAUGGAACUGGAUGUUUUUCCAUGCCUUUUUUUUAAACAUUGUAUUGACAAUAAAACAUGGA